CCGGUAGCAACCGCUUCACCGCUGGAGUUUUGGCCUCUCUCAGACCGCUUCCCGCUGGGUUUUUCUUUUGGUUUGGGCUGAGCCCGCGUAGUGCUUGCCAUGGCAGCAAGCUCCGGGGCGAUCACUAAUGCGAACUCUGCAUUUGGAGGUGGAGAGAAGGAAGGUAAACAUGUCAAACCUUUUACACCAGAGAAAGCAAAAGAAAUCAUAAUGUGUUUACAACAACCUGCAGUCUUCUAUAACAUGGUUUUUGAUUGGCCGGCACGACACUGGACUGCUAAACAUCUCUCUGAGGUCCUCCAUGGCAAGCAGAUACGAUUUAGGAUGGGAAGGAAAAGCACAGACACAGCUCCUCAGUUUGAAACCGCAUGUAAUUAUGUAGAAGCUACACUUGAAGAGUUUCUUUCCUGGAACUGUGGCCAGUCUAGUGUUUCCGGAGCAUUUAGAGACUAUGAUCAUUCCAAAUUCUGGGCUUAUGCUGACUAUAAAUAUUUUGUCAGUUUAUUUGAAGACAAGACAGAUAUUUUCCAGGAUGUGAUAUGGUCUGACUUUGGGUUUCCUGGAAGAAAUGGACGGGAAAGUACAUUGUGGAUCGGCUCCCUGGGGGCCCAUACACCCUGUCAUCUGGACACCUAUGGUUGCAACUUAGUAUUCCAGGUACAAGGAAGGAAAAGAUGGCAUCUCUUUCCUCCUGAAGAUACUCCUUUCCUUUAUCCAACUAGAAUCCCUUAUGAAGAAUCCAGUGUGUUCAGUAAAAUCAAUGUUGUCAAUCCUGAUUUAAAACAUUUUCCUCAGUUCCGGAAAGCUCGAAGACAUAUGGUCACGCUGAGCCCAGGACAGGUUCUGUUUGUUCCCAGACACUGGUGGCAUUAUGUGGAAUCCAUUGAUCCUGUCACUGUCAGUAUAAACUCAUGGAUUGAGCUGGAAGAGGACCACCAAGCCCGGGUAGAAGAGGCAAUCACCCGCAUGCUUGUGUGUGCCCUGAAAACUGCAGAGAAUCCACACAAUACCAGAGCUUGGUUAAACCCAACUGAGCUUGAGGAAACAUCCCAUGAAGCCAACUGUCACUACUUAAAUGGGGCCGUCUCUGCUUUUCUAAAUCAUCAUGGAACAUCUGAAGUGGUAGGAACCCAAGCACUGAGAACCAACAGAGAGUGCACGGUAAAGGAGGAGUUAGAUGUGCACAGCCGCGUGGGGGUAGAACAAGCUGGGAGCCACACCGUAAGCUCAGAAACAGUGAAACAGGAGGCAGCAAGGCCUUUCGGUCUUGAUCUGGUACCUGUCACACCAGGUUCACAAGAACCAUCUUCAGAAAGAGGAGGCAUAUUUGAAAAUGAUGGUGAAGACUUUGUCAGCAAAAAUGGAAAAUCCUUUGGAAAACUGCCUAAUACCAAGAGGCAACGAAUGAUGAGUGAGAGUGAGAAUGCAGUUGUGGGACAGAUUGCCUCAGAUAGGACUGUGGCCCUUUCCCAAACAUUCGUUUCUACAGAUGACUUGCUGGACUGCUUGGUGAAUCCACAGGUAACCAGGCUAGUGGCACAACUUCUGAUUCAAGGAAGAAGUAUGUGAUUCUGAUAGAAAAUGAUUUUUUAAAUACUGUUUUAAGAAUAUCUUUAAUGUAGUUUUCAAAUAAAAGAUGAACCAGCAAAAGUUCAGUUUGCACAUGCUUAAAAUGUACUGUUCUCACCUAAUUGAAUUUUAGUCUCUUGCCACCUUCUGGCAUACAUGUUGCUCUUUGGACAGCCUGGCUCUUUGUUAUUUGUAUGCCUCUGUCCUCAGCGCCUUUGCCUUGCCUCUCCCAUCUCAUACCUUCAGCCUGUCUCAAAUGUAAGCUCCUGGUGUUGUCAACAGGAAGUAGUCUCUGCAUCAGCCUCAAGCAGGGGUCAGCCUGCUGCUUGUUUUUGUAAAUAAAGUUGUAU